AGAAAAAGAAAUAAAAAUUGUAUGGAUGGCCAUGGCGCCCUCUUAUCUCUUUCAAAACAGAUAGAAGACUGUUAAUAGCAGCUAAUAGUGAUGGGAUUAAGGUGAAACAGAAAUGAGGAACAUGGCUAUGGCUAUGGCUUUGCCUUCUUCAAAAUCACCAUUUCUUUCUUCUUCUUCUUCUACUAAAAAACAAGCUUAUAAUUUCACCUCAUCAAGAAAAUCCCUCCAUCGCUUUGUUACUCGUUCUACUCUCUCUGAUGAUCUCUUCCUAGCCGCCAAACACACUGUGGAUUCAUAUGUGAAGAAUGGUAUGGUUGUUGGAUUGGGUUCAGGUCAUGCUUCUACAUUGGCUAUACAGUAUCUAGGUCAGAAACUACGAGCUGGUACUAUAAAAGAUGUCACUGCCAUACCUACAUGUGUUAGCAGUGCAAGUGAAGCAGCAAAGGCAGGAAUUCCUUUGGAACAGUAUGAUGAUAGUUUUAAGAUUGAUAUAGCAUUUGAUGAAGCUGACAUUAUGGAAGAAGAAACACUUGCUGCAAUUGUUGGUCGACGAAAACUGCAGGGAGAUGAUUCUAUAAUUAAAGAGAAGACUAUUUUGGAAGCAGCUGAUCAACUAAUAUUUAUUAUAAAGGAAAAACAAUUCAAGGGCGGUGUAGAAGGUUCAAUUCCAGUACUAAUCAAAUCUGUUAACUGGCUUGAAACAGCCGAAGAAAUAGAUGACCUCUUCCUCGGGGAUGCAGAGGUUUGGAGGAGGCCAGCUAUAGGGUAUGCAGGUCCUCUUGGAGGUGAUUUCCCUUUAGUUACUAAAGAAGGGCACAACAUCCUUGAUGUCAUAUUUACAUCUCCAAUGGAAAGCCUUGUUGAAGUGGCUAAAAUCCUUGAUCAAAUCGAUGGUGUUGUGGAACAUGGUGUUAUCUUCAGGAAACCGUGCACAGCAAUCAUUGCCUCAGAAAAUGAGCUGCAAAUCGUUGAUAAUACAUUUCUGAUGGAAUCAAGCAACCUCUAAUGGAGAAAAGAUUAGCAAUGCAAUUGUAGAUGCUGUAACUUUUGAGCCUUAUCACUGUCUAC